CAUGAAUCGGUUCCGGCUACUAGUGAACCGGGGUAGACCCGCUUAAGGACCGAGGAGCGCUGCCAUCUGAUAUUCUUCUAUUUGUACCCAUGUCUUCCAGCAAACCGCCGAAGAAAGUUGGUGGGGAAUAUGGGCAAGUUCGUGCAAAUAUCGAUGUACCAAAGCUGGAAAGUUAUCUGGUGAGAAAUGUUCCUCAGGUGCGCUUGCCGCUGGAGGUGAAGCAGUUCAAGUUUGGACAGUCCAAUCCUACCUACUUUCUGACCGACGCCAGCUCAAAACGAUAUGUUCUCCGGAAGAAACCCGCAGGACAGUUGUUGUCGAAAACUGCUCACCAGGUAGAGCGGGAAUACACGAUGCUUCAUGCCCUUCAUACAUUCAACAAUAAGCCAACGACUCGUCCUGAGGAACGCGUCCCGGUACCAGAGCCAUACAUUCUGUGUGAAGACGUGUCCGUCAUUGGAACACCUUUCUACGUGAUGGAAUUUGUAGACGGACGAAUCUUUACCGAUCCGCGGAUGCCUGAAUCAAGUCCCGAAGAUCGAAGGGAAUGCUGGUUGGGUGCCGUACGAGCACUGGCUAAACUCAGCAGCGUCGACCCCGCUGCAGUCGGUCUCUCGAACUUUGGUCCUUCGACAGACUACUUCCCUCGCCAGCUUAAAUCCCUUUCUGCCGUCUCCAACGCCCAAGCUGCAGCCAAAGAUGUCGAUACGGGCAUACCCGUCGGGCCUAUACCCUCCUUUGACAACAUGAUAGCAUGGUAUUACGCCAACCUCCCCGACGAGUCUAAAUUUGGUCUCCGAAUUGUACAUGGGGAUUAUAAAAUGGAUAAUCUCAUCUUCCAUCCUACAGAGAACCGUGUUAUUGGUAUCCUUGACUGGGAACUGUGUACACUCGGAAGUCCUCUCGCUGAUUUUGCAAACUUGACCCAACCGUGGGCGAUGGACCUGGUUGACAUCCCGAUUGCCAGGCAUAAUUUGCUGGUAGCCUUUGGUGCUGAGAACCCAAAACACGUCCCAAUAACUUUCGAGGAGAUGGAAGAAGAAUAUUGUCGAUUGAUGAAGCAACCGUGUCCCAUCAAGGAGCUUGUCUUUGUCCGUAGCUGGAUGUUAUUCCGAUUAGCCAUCAUCAUGCAAGGGAUUGCUGCAAGAUAUGCCAAGCGGCAGGCAAGUUCUGCCCAAGCUGGGACGUAUGGAUCUACCUUUAUUAUCAUGGGUAACCUGGCAAAGGUCUUCUUGGCGAAAAAUGGUGUUCGGCUGGACGCGAAAAUGUUCAAGCUGUAAUAGUAGUAUUGCUAUAUCAUAUUAUAUACUAAUGACCGCUUUCUGUUUGCUUUGUUAAACUGGAAAACUGGAUUGAUUGGCCAUCUCUGGUGAUACAGCUCAGGUAAAUAGGAGUAUACUACUCCUAC